UUGGCAUUGGGUGAAUAUUAUCAAUAUUUAAUAAUUAUUAUAAUUAUCCAGCUCAUUCUUUUAAAUAUACGCCUCUACUGAGUAUUAAAAUCAAAAAUAAAAAAAUAGGAGAAAAGAAAUAAUGAUCGAACUUUGACUACAAUAACAUUAUCGUUGCAAGUUUAUGAAAAAUCCAUAUACAGUUAAAAACUAACCUUGCCUACAGGAGAAUAGGACACAUACAAAGCUUGUUCUAGGGUAUUUACUUAUAUCUAUAUUUUUAUUAAAAAAAAUUAUUUAUUUUGAGGAAAACAAAUAAUAAAGUGACGGAAGAGUUUAUAGACAUGGAUAAAAAAAUAUCCUUAACCGAAUUUUUUUCCAUCUAUAAACGAUGGGUAAUUAACAAUCCAGGGAUAGUAACUGAUGUUGAGACUGUUGCUACAUGGUCAUCCUAUUUUGUCGCCGGAAAAGUAAAUAAAUCACCUAUUAUUUCUGAACUUGUGUAUUCAUUAUCUAAAAUACUAUCUUUAUUUAAUGAUAGACUCAUUAGAGAUGCUUAUGGAAAUGAAACACAACAAUAUAGUUUACGGGAGCAAAUUAAAAUAUGGCUUACCAUAAUACAUUACUGUGAAGUAUUUUGUGAACUAGUGGUUAAAAGUAGAUGGGGUGACAAAGGAAAAUGGACUGCAGCAACAUUGCUUCAGAUAUUUAAAUGCUCAUCUGCUUUUGUUUUAUUAUAUAGGUAUAAAGAGAUACCUAUUCAACAUCCACCCAUACCAGCAUUACAAAGAAAAAAGAUUACUGAACGUAAUAACAUUGAUGACAAUUCAAAUGCAUUUUUUACUUUGAAAAGAUCUGGUAAAGUAGUCCGUCGUGUCGAUGGUGCACCACCAAUACCUUUGAGGGAUUGGCAGCCCUUGAAAAUUAAAAAUGAAAUGACCACAUCCAAUACGGAAGAGAAAAAUCUUUUACAAGCAGAGUUAUUGCAUAUUUUAAAACCACUAAUACACUUAUUAUCUAUGAGGAUUUUUGGGACUAAAUCUUGGAAGCAAUGGCUAAUAGCUUUAUCACUGGAUAUUGCAAGUUUCAGACUAUACAGUAGACACAUGGAAAGUUUGUCAUAUGACCAAAGGUUGGAAAUUAGCCGCAGAAAACUUGGAUUAAUUUUGUAUUUACUGCGUAGUCCCAUGUAUAAUGGUUAUUCCAAGAAUGUGUUAGAAAGUGUUCUAACAUCAACUUCAAACAAAAUACCAAUGAUGUCAUUUAUCUGUGGACCCAUCAUACAAUAUUUAAGUCACUGGCAAGAUAUCUACUUUUAUAUGUGGGCUUCGUAGACAUGAAAAGAUAGUAUCAGUGUGUGACAAUAUUUUUUUACUUUAUGUACUUCCAUUAUGAGGUUACUUUGUAAGAAUAAAUGUGGUUGAAGUAAUAAUAAAAUAACAAAAAAAAUAUUAGAAAUAAGUGUUGACAAAAUCUAUUCAAAUUA